GCGAGUUGUGUCUGGUUGGACCAAUGAGAUAACCUGGUGGUUUGAUACUUCUUUCCCUUGUUUGCUUGCGAGGAAUAUAAUAUCAGACAAAGGACACUAAAGUUCUUCACCAAAAUUCAAUGAGUUGAGAAAGAUAUCAUCAACUAGCUUUGAAGCCACAGCAGUACCUUUGCGAGGUCCCUUUGAAGAUGUCAUCUAAAAUUGCACAGAUCCCUCUUGUUAGUGGCCACCCUGAGGUGUACGAACCAUGUGAUGACUCAUUUGCUUUGGUCGAUGCACUUCUAGCAGAUCGGUCAAGCCUUCUGGAGCACCAACCAAGGUUGUGCAUGGAAAUCGGUUGUGGGAGCGGCUAUGUAAUUACAUCUCUAGCCCUUAUGCUCAGCCCGUUAGGCUCUCAGGUGCAUUUCUUUGCGACCGACAUCAAUCUGCAUGCCGCUGAAGCGACUCGCGCAACACUCGAGGCACACGACGUGCAUUCCGAGAUAGUGGCUGCUGAUAUUGCGUCAGGCCUUCAGAGGCGACUUGCGGGUAUGGUAGAUGUGGUGGUUGUGAACCCUCCUUACGUGCCGACACCAGAGGAAGAAGUCGGUUGUGAAGGAAUAACUGCUUCCUGGGCUGGAGGAGAGGACGGGCGGAAGGUGAUUGAUAAGAUCCUUCCAGUUGCUGACAAGCUGUUGUCGGACAAGGGUUGGCUCUACAUGGUCGCCCUCACUGCCAACAACCCUUCAGAUAUUUGCCUCGUGAUGAGAGAGAAAGGUUAUGCUUCUCGUAUCAUUUUGCAGCGGUCGACAGAAGAGGAGAGCCUCCAUGUUAUCAAGUUUUGGCGAGAGAGUGUUGCUGAUGUGAACGGGAGACAGAGUGUUGCCUCAGGGGGUACUGGGUCUUGGUUCUCACAGUUGCCUUUCAUGUCUUCUCUCUGGCAAAGGAAUGAAAGUAGCCGCACUUGAUUUUCGAAAAUGGCAAAAUGGUAGCUACUUCAACUUGCAACAUCGGCAUUGAUGGGUUAACCCUUUGGCUUCGUUUCGUCUCUCAGGCAACUAAUGCAGGACUCAUUCCUCUAUUUUGUUCAUCAGCUUUUUGCAUAAUGCCCAAAAUGAAAAGAAGGGAAGCAUUUCUAGAUGGCGCAGUAAAAUGCACCGGGAAAGGUUGAUGUUGAUAGAACUUGCAAUUUAAAUCAGCACCAAUCCUCUUGAGUUUAAUUAUUAUGUCAUGUAGAAGGGUAUGCAUUUUUGUCUUCAUUUAAGGAUGUAUAUAAAAUCUGAAAUAUCUUAGGGGAUUAUUGCUCUUGGCUUUGUAAUUCUUUGCAUGAUUGGAGAUUUUUUUCGCA